UUGCACGCCCCUCUCUUCUUCUCGCCCCCUCUCUCAAGUCUCUCAGCCGCCGACAAGCGUCCUCUGUCAACGCAAUCCAUUUCCACUCCCGCUGCUCUCCCGCUCUUCUUCCAGAUCGUCGAUUCGCCGUCUCAAUUUCCACCACAGUUCUGUUGGUUCAUGGAUGCGGUCGAGUUGAACUAUCCAGUGGGUGUGGCGGCGGCGGCAGUCGGGGCAUCGAAAUUGGUCGGAUCGGAGAGGGUUGGUAGAGAUAGGGUUGCGGUUUUUGGAGUGGAGCCUCUGGUGAAGCCGGCGAGAGGUCUGCGUGAUGCAGGUGAAGGAAGUUCAGUCAAUGCUUUGAUUUCUGCUCCGUGGAAUAAUGGUCCAACCAUUGAAGUCUGUAAGAAGAAUAGUGAAGCAUCCAACAAUCAUAGAGAUGACUUAAGUAAACACCUCUUUAGUAGUGAAACGAGUAGUCCAUCGUGGUUGCUGAAGUGCGACGAAGGAAAGGUAAAUAGAAAAGCUGGAAGAGUGUCAAAAGGUGGUAGUGGUUCUGCUAAAAGACCAAGGACAUCUCUGGUAGAAGAUGCUGCUGGUUUGACUGGGAUUGAUGAUACAAAAGAUUUGUUAGGUAAGCUGAGAUCAUGUUUAAAAAAGUGCAACUCUCACGUCUUUUUGCUAAUAACUCCAAGGUUUUGUAUGUAUGCUGCAGAUAAGACUCAAUUUGCGAGACAGAGGAACAACAGUAGCGGUAGGCGAGGUGACAGAAGAAAUUCCAAGAUUUCCCCGAAAGCAAAAUAUGAUCCAUUUUCAGUGAAAGGCAGUUUCCCAAGCUUUAGUUCAACUGCUGGUGCUAACAACUUUUCAGUGUUAUAUGGUCUGAAGACAGAUGUUCAUGAUAUCGCUGACCUUGUUGAUGAUUUAUCAUUGAAUGAUCUCCUUUCGGGCACUUAUCAGUGCCGCAGCUUAGGCAAAGAAAAGGGAAAGAAACCAGCAAAUUCCACCGAGUGUCUUCUACAAUCACUUAGAAAGGCUUGUUCCAUUCUUCAGGUCCCUAAACCUUUCCCAACCCAAAAUGCUACCGUGAUAGACAACUCUUUGAAUGAUACCACAGGAAUAUGUCCACCAAAUUCUCUCCCUCGUAGUGUAAGUGGAAAUACUGCAGAAACUACCCCCACAGAUUUGUCUUCUUCCUAUAAGGAUUCUUGCAGCAAGCCCGAGUCUUCUGCUCAAUUACUAGAUUUCCAAUUUGAUCAACCUAAAGAUACUUUACAAGGCCUGGCACUUGGACCAUCGAAGGACUUGGAGUCUUUGCUUCAGGAUGCUGGGAAGCCAGCUGCAUCUUCUAGGAGUACUGCACCUGACCCACGUCCAGGCCAGCAGUUGGCAAGCCUAGCUAGCUUGCCCCCUUUUCCUUGGUCACAGAAUUUUGGUGGACAUUGUAGGGCCUAUUCUGAUUCAGCUAAGUUGUUAACAAGUAGGAGCACAUGCCAAGGUAGAUGGGCAAAAAUAGACAACUGUAUUAGGUGUAUUGGUGCUCCUUCAACUAGCUUCACAAACCUCGAGUCUCUUGCUUAUGAUGAGGCCUUAGUUCCUUCAUCUGGCCCAAAGCUAGAAAGUGAUUAUAGAAGUGCUGCUGCAUCAAUGUCUUGUACAUGCAAUCACAGUUUAUCUACAACUUUGACUUCUCUGACAUCCCAAGUUUCUUCAGAAUCUGGGGGUGACAUGAAGACCAUCGGAAAAGCCGAACAUUGUCCAAAACUUGUAGCAGCUGCUCAAACCCUGGUAGACAUUGCUGCUCAUGGUUCGAAAAGCCUAAUAAACCACGAAAAAACAAUGAAAUGGCCAAAGCAACCUUCUCAGAAAGCCAUGAAGGCUUGCAAGUUGAAAUCCAAUGAGAAGCACGACUUAUUUAUAGCGUCGACUUCAUUAGUGGUGGGCCUGGUGGCAUCUGACCGUAUGAUCAGAGGCGGCACAAUGGAUCAAGUGAUGCCCUCCAAGAGGCCUAAGCUGUCUACUGUAGAGAACAAAAGGUACCCUGGCCACAUCAAUGGUAGCAUUAGAAAGGGAUCUUCAUUGCUUUGGUCUACCCCCAAAUCAAGUAGGUCUUCCUCCAGCAAGCCACUCGAGGACUCCAUUACUGGAAGUAGACAUUCAGCUGCCUACGUUCUACAGAAAACAUGCAUGAUGCCACCUCCUGCCAAAGCUUUGGGGAGAAGUUGUGGCAGCAGCAGCCAACCAAAGGUUCGUAAGUUGAUGUGAAUCAAUGGUUUUAUCUAUCCAAGGUGAACUCCAGCCCCAACAGGGGGUUGGUUUUUGUAAAUAUGAUUGUGGGGAUUGUUGUAGGGGGAUAUCACAGUGUAGGGGUGGGUAUUGGGAAACAAAUGAUUUGUUGUAUGAAGGUGUAGGUGUUUCACCUGGAGAAUAGGUUGAAACCUGCAAGUGUUGUAACACAUAAAAGAAGUCACAAGCCACAGUUGUAGCAGAUUACAUCAGGGGGGAAAUUCUUUGCCUUUUUCUGUAGAGCGAUUCGAUUUAGGCAAUAGAAAUUUCGGUUAGUAGUAUAUAAUGAUGUUAUAUGGGCUCUCAGUUAUGGGAUGCCCCUGUUGGAAAACAAUGGGGCUUGCUGUACUGUUUGAAUUGCAGGUUUGAUGAGUUUUCUUCUUUCCUUUGAUCCUGAUUCCUGAGAGUGGUGAAAGAGGGUUCCUUUUGGAAGAGGACUGAUUCUCUUUCUGAAGUGAAAGUUGUCGGUGCUGCUGUGAUGUGGCCCAGAAAGGAACAGGACUACAGGAGGAGGAUACAGAGAAUGCAGUUCCUGUUGUUUGUGAGUCAAUUGUAUCUGGCUAUAGAAAUAGAACCAUACUUGGGUUGGCUUCGUCGAGGCUCAAGUUAUAGGACGGUAGGGUAGGAUAAGGAGACCCAUUUUAUAGGCACUAGUAAAAAGGUUCCCUCUGGUCGGCGCUGGGUUUGUUAUCCUUCCUUUUCUCCUUGGUCUAUGGAGAGUUUUUUUUUUCUUUCUUUCUCAUUUCUUGAGUUGUUAAAUGAGGUUUAAAUGCAAAAUUUUAACGUUUUGA